AUGGCGACGCUCUUCCUCGCCCUGCAGUGCGUGCAGUGCUCCACCAUGCAGGUGAAGCAGCAGAAGAAGAGCAGCAACAAGUGGGUGUGCGUGGUCUGCAACCAGCGCCAGUCCGUGCUCCGCGUGUACGCGCGCGGCUACCGCGCCGCCGACCUCCGCCGCUUCGUCCAGGACGCCAACCUCGCGCGCGGCCGCGGCGCGCCCGUGCCGGUGCCCGAGGCGGACUGGGACGUUCCGCCGGCCGGGGAUCAGCAAGACGAGCCUCCGAGGGAGAAGAGGCGGAUGGACUGGUCCGAGUACCUGGACGACACCAGGGAGCGUCAUGGCGGCCCCGAAGUUGCCGGUUCUCAAGAUUAUGGAAUUGAAGUGACAACUGAGUUACCUCAAGAAAGACCUAAAGUUCCUUCCUUGAAGAGGCCUCCCAAAGCCCAAUUAGGUGCAGCUGGAAAAAGGUCCAAGCCUCCAAUUAACCCCUCUUUAUCCAAGAUGCAGCAAAUGGAACAAGGACCAACUCGCUCAACUCUCAGCUCUGCAACUGUUACUGCUGAAGAUCAAAGUUCAGCAAGUAUUUGGAUGAUAGCUUCUUUGAAGAUAGAAGGCAAGAGGGAUCUGGGCUCCAUUGGUCCGAACUUGACGAAAGAGCUCCCACUACUGAGGUAGUGGUGGAUGAUGAGGUACACCCAGAUUUCAAGUGAUAUUGAUCUCGUCUUGGAUUUUUAGCAUAUAUGUUAAAUGGCAUGUUCUUAGAUAAGAUCAAAUGUGCUAUUAGCAAAAUGUUAUUAUGUUUGAUGGCUCUAUGGAUUGGAGUUCAUUGAGUUGUAUGGAAAAAAGAACUGAAAGAAAAUUAGGGUACAUGCUAACUUUUCUACACAAUGAUGUUAAGAGUGUAUCUUCUCAACCUCUUACUUCACACCCACCUUCAUCCUAUGAGGUUCAGAUACAUGUGUGCUACUAAGAUAUUCUAUGUUAAGAUACAUUUUUUUUUUCGAAA